AGAAGAAGGAGGAAGCGGUGAAGGUGGCUGCUGGGGCGGCUGCGGCGGGCGUCGAGGUGGGCGCGGCGACGCGGCCCGGGGAGUGAGCGGCGGCGGCCGGGUGGGCGGGCUGGGCGGCGGGCCCGAUGUGGCUGCAGCAGCGCCUGAAGGGGCUGCCGGGGCUGCUGUCGAGCAGCUGGGCCCGCCGCCUCCUCUGCCUGCUCGGCCUCUUGCUGCUGCUCCUGUGGUUCGCGAGCUCCGGGGCGCGGCGGGCGGCGGGCGGCCUGCACCUGCCGUCCUGGGCCCGCAGCGAACCGGGCGCCGCCGAGCCGUCCGCCUGCCUGGAGGCGGCCACCCGCGCGUGGCGCGGCCUGCGCGAACGCGGCGAGGCGGUGCCGCUUGGCCCCGGGGUGCCAGCCCUGGUGGCCAACGGCUUUCUGGCUCUGGACGCCGCCUACAACCGGCUGUGGGUGACGCCCGGAGAGCGGGAGCCUGCCGUGACGCCGGACUUCGUGCCCUUCGUGCAGCUCCGCCCGCUGAAUGUGGUGGCUGAGGCUGGAGAGGCGGUGCUGCUGCUGCGGGAGGGCCUGCUGCGCCGAGUGCGCUGCCUGCAGCUGGGGACCCCGGGCUCGGGCCCCGCCGUUGGGGUCCCCGGGCCCGCCUCAGCCUCCGGGCUCUCCGCGGGGUCGGGCCGGGACUGCGUGCUCCUGCAGGAGGACUUCCUGGCGCACCGAGGCCGACCCCACGUCUAUCUGCAGCGCAUCCAGCUCAACAAUCCCACGGAGCGCGUGGCCGCGUUGCAGACUGUGGGGCCCACCGUGGGCCCGGUCCCCAGGUCCUUCACCAGCACUCUGGAGAAGGUCGGAGAUCACCAGUUUCUCCUCUACUCCGGCCGGUCCACACCCCUUCCAUCCGGGCUGGUGCACUUGGUAGUGGUGGCCUCUAAGAAGUUAGUGAACAGGCUCCAGGUGGCUCCCAAGACACAGCUGGACGAGACGGUGCUGUGGGUGGUGCACGUCUCUGGUCCCAUCCACCCCCAGGUGCUCAAAAGCAAAGGAACCAAGGAGCUCAAGGCGCUGCAGGACUUAGCAAGGAAGGAAAUGCUGGAGCUGUUGGAGAUGCCCGCCUCGGAGCUGCUUCAGGACCACCAGGACCUCUGGGCCCAGCUGUUCAGUCCGGGUGUGGAGAUGAAGAGGAUCACAGAUGCUCACACGCCGUCUGGCCUGACUGUGAACCUGACCCUGUACUACAUGCUUUCCUGCUCACCAGCCCCACUGCUUAGCCCCUCUCUGAGCCACAGGGAACGCGACCAGAUGGAGGCAACACUCAACUACGAAGACCACUGCUUCAGUGGCCAUGCCACCAUGCACGCUGAGAACCUGUGGCCUGGCCAGCUCUCCUCAGUGCAGCAGAUCCUGCAGCUGGCUGACCUGUGGAAGCUGACCCUCCAGAAGCGCGGCUGCAAGGGGCUGGUGAAGGUUGGCGCUCCUGGCAUCCUGCAAGGCAUGGUGCUCAGCUUUGGCGGGCUGCAGUUCACAGAAAACCACCUGCAGUUCCAGGCCGACCCUGAGGUGCUCCAUAACAGCUAUGCGCUCCAUGGCAUCCGCUAUAAGAAUGACCACAUCAACCUGGCUGUGCUGGUGGAUGCUGAGGGCAAGCCCUACCUGCAUGUGUCUUUGGAGUCCCGAGGCCAGCCUGUCAAGAUCUAUGCAUGUGAGGCAGGCUGCCUCCAUGACCCCGUGGAGCUGACCUCAGAGCCUGGAGGCCACACCUUCUCUGUCAUGGUGACGCAGCCCAUCACACCACUGUUGUAUAUCUCCACCGACCUCACACAUCUGCAGGACCUGCGGCACACGCUGCACCUUAAGGCCAUCCUAGCCCACGAUGAGCACAUGGCCCAGCAGGAUCCCGGCCUGCCCUUCCUCUUCUGGUUCAGUGUGGCCUCCCUCAUCACCCUCUUCCACCUCUUCCUCUUUAAACUCAUCUAUAAUGAGUACUGUGGGCCUGGAGCCAAGCCCCUCUUCAGGAGCAAGACCAGGCUUUCAGGGAAGGCAGUCCUUGGCCCUCAGGAGCAGGCAGCAGACGGAGGCAGGUCUGAGUUCCUCACGAUGGGGGAACCAGUGGAGACUUGGGUCGGAAAGCAGUGUGGAGAAGGCCUUCCAAGUAGCCAGCUUUCAGCCAGCUCUAUAGAAAAGGAGGAUCCCAGUGUCUGAGUGAAUCUCGAGUCCUGCUCUCAGCCACCGUUUGCACAAGACACCCAGCACUGAGCAUCCUGCUGCCGCAUGAACGGGGAACCUUUGGAAGUACCAACCCUUUGUGCCUUGUGGGGGACAGUGACUCAGGAGCGCUUGUGGGUACAAGAGUUUGCACUGGAGGGGAAGGAGGGCCGAGGACUUGUGUAAGUUUUCCAGUCAAUUAAACAAACCCAUAGGGAGAAUACUUGAAGUUGAGCGCACCCCCUCCACUUCCCCCAUUUCUUCUAUCCCAGGAAAUAGAUCCUCUUUAAAGAUGUGUUUAGGAAAAAUUGUGUUCUUUUCCUAAUUUAAUGUGUUCUUUCUUGAAUGGAUUUCUAAUUUAUUUUUUUUGUUGAAGUUUUGCUUGGUGGCUUUUCUUCCACCUUAGAUCAGGACUGUUGGUGACAACAACCGAUCCCUGCCACCUCAUUUGUCACCCAGAGGCCCCACAAAAUCUGAAGGCUGGGACUGAGCCCCAGAUGGCCACCCUGCCUGGGGAAGGCAUGGCUCCCUGCCCUCCCCGGUUUGCACAUUGCCUCUUUCUUACUUUGAGCCAGGGGGUCUGUGCUUUUGUACUUUGGGUCCCUGGGAGAGGUGUUUAACUUUCUAGUGAUGAUGGUUGUUGGGUUUUGAAAUACCAAAGCUUUUUUGUUCUUUUUUAAAUAAAUAUCUUUCAAACUUC